AUGAGGCUUCCAUUAGUGGCCCUUACAUUGAAUCUACUGAUAGGUGCUGUAUUAGGAAAUACGGAGACUAAACUGCUUAGGACACAAUCAAAGGCCUACCCACAGUGCGCAAGUGGUGAAUCGCCGUAUCGUAUAUCUUUGAAAGGCACGAAUUACGCUAAGAAGACAUUUCAGGUUCAACCCAAUAAGCUAAAGAAUUCAGAAUUUAAACCCACCGUAAUUGAUAUCGAUGAUAUACAAUGUGGCGAGUCAUAUUUGGUCAAGAUAUCAUGGUCAGCGCUCUACCCGGUUUCCAUCGAGCACGAAGUAAUAACAGUCGUGUCAAAUGGUAAGCAUGAGAGUAUUGAUUCAGGUCAUUAUAAUGCUGAUACCUGUUUUCGAUAUUUCAUUGAAGUUGCUGUGAGCAACGAUUCGUAUCCUUUGUUAAGCGCAUCUGCUGAAGUGCCCAUUAAUGUUACCGUGGUAAAUACAAAGUUUAACAUACCUGUUGACCUUCUCGGAACGUUAAUAUAUAUAAUUGCGUUAAUGGUUGGCAUAGUACUUUUAGACAAGAAAUUCAAUUUAUAUAGAAUGCUGGCGACGUGA